GAUAACUGGUUGGGAUCCGAAAGCCGCUCAGAGGCCGCGUGGAGGGAGGAGCGCGCCUUCUCCAGAGGUGGAACCGGCCCUGGAGCGCCGGAACCUUCGGUCUGCACCCCUUGGUUGCCGGCCGGCACUUACGGCUGUACGCUCUCCCCGAGCCUGGAGACUUAGCGAACAGUUCCAAUGGCUGGGAAUAAAGGAAGAGGACGUGCUGCUUAUACAUUUAACAUUGAAGCUGUUGGAUUUAGCAGAGGUGAAAAGUUACCUGAUGUUGUAUUGAAACCACCCCCACUAUUUCCUGAUACAGACUACAAGCCAGUGCCACUAAAAACAGGAGAGAGUGAAGAUUAUGUGCUUGCCUUGAAACAAGAGUUAAGAGAAACUGUGAAGAGAAUGCCUUAUUUUGUAGAAACACCUGAAGAAAAACAAGAUAUUGAAAGAUACAGUAAAAGAUAUAUGAAGGUAUACAAAGAAGAGUGGAUACCAGAUUGGAGAAGACUCCCUAGAGAGUUGAUGCCAAGGAAAAAAUGCAGAAAAGCAGGCCCCAGAUCCAAAAAGGCAACGGAUACAGGCAAAGGCCCUUCACUCACAAAUCCUGCGGAUGUAUUGAAAAAAAUUGAGCUCAAUGAUACCAGGAAUUGGAAAAGAAAGGUGAUGGUGAAAAAUCAGAUGAGGAAAAUGAAGAGAAAGAAGGAAGCAAAGAGAAAAGUAAAGAAGGCGAUGAUGAUGAGGAAGAUGAUGCUGCUGAACAAGAGGAAUAUGAUGAAGAGGAGCAGGAAGAGGAAAAUGACUACAUUAAUUCCUACUUUGAAGAUGGAGAUGAUUUUGGUGCAGACAGUGACGACAACAUGGAUGAAGCAACCUACUAGCUAUGGAAUUUCUCAAAAAAUAUUUUUAUGAUACAGCUUCUGAACAUUUGGACAGACCUAUUUUCUAUUUUAUUUCUGAUAAGCGAUGAGUAAGUACUUUAUUUUUGUUACUGUUUUGUUGGAAAGAUACUUGUUAUUAAAAUAUUCAGAACCACUUUGAGUUUACACACUAGUUACCUUACCAGUUAAUCUCUGACACUGACAUUCCUUCUCAACACCUCUGUCAUCCCUCUAAAGUAUUCAAGUGGAUUUUUUUUUUUUUUUUUAUGUUUUGGAUUAGUUAGAAUGUGCCUAAAGAGUUUCUGCAUCUUUUUUAAAAGUUUUUGCAUCUUUUAAUCCAUGUAUUCAUACUUAAACAAAUUAUUCUUAUUUAACUGCUGAUCUUUUCUAAAACUGCUACUAGUCAUCAUAAUGGAUUUCUAUAAUCUGAAAGUUGGUUUAAUACUGCACAUGGAGCACUUUAGAAACAAAGAAACUUGAAAAUAAUUUUAUUUUUUACUUUUACAUGGAAUGUUCUGUGCUACUAUAUUGUGACUACAAAAACCUACCUGAGCUCUUAAAAAUGCAUAUUUUAUGAGAUUAAAAGUUUUGUGAUUGGAAACACACGCACAGGGAGAAAUGCCAAUCUAAUUUUAUAACUUACAUCUCAAACCAAUACAAAGACCUGGGAUAAAUAAAUACAUGAAUUUGGGGCUAACUUCAUACCAUCCUAUAGAUCAAUUAAUCAUCCCACUGUAACAAGUUUAUUAUCUUUGAGUCAUUGGUUAAUGAAAAAUUAGACUGAGAUAUUUAAUUUUGUACUUGAUGAAAAUGUGGAGUAAGUUCAAGUUGUAUAAAUCUCAUUGCAGAAUGCAUGUAUGUGUAGUUUUUGAGGUAUAGUGGCCUCUGUUACGUUUCAUAGGACUCAAACUGUCCAAUUGAUUUAACAAUGCAGAAUAAAACUCAGGUCACUUUGAAAUUGAGAUUAAUCUUUCUUGAUUCAUUUAAAAACUAGCUCCCCUUUUUGUUUGGGGUAGGAGGGAGGAUAUCUAAAAACUUCAGCUUCUGAUGACUUACAUAUGCCAAAGAUUUUCAAGGAAAUUCAUAUUAUGUAUUUUUUAAAUAAUUUGUUAACAUUACUCACCAAAAGAAAUAACUUCUUCCCUCUUGGGAAGAUACCACCCAUUGCCCUCUGACCUGAGAACCAGAGCUCUAGAUUCUGUUUCUACCUGUACUAUUAAACUCAGCCUUGAAAUUGAGCUUGGUUAGGUUUUCUGUGCCUUAGUUUCUUCACUUGUAAACAAUUUUCUAUAAAAACUGCUUAAAUUCCAACCAAAGUUUACCAUAUGUGUUCAUUCUCUCGCCUUGUGGAAAUGAUCAUUCUUAAAUUUGAUUCUCACCCUCUAAAAAAAUUGUAACUGGCAAAGUGAUUGAAAAGUUUUGAGAGACAGACUUAUUUUUCUCACAAAAAUAUAUCAAAAUUUGAUUUUCCCGUCUCAUUUUAUUGUGGAAAAAAAUGUGUAUUGUCUUGUGCCAUUUUGUAAUAUGGCUUUCUCAGGAAAAAAAAAAAAGACCACUUUGAAUUGUAAUAUUUCCUCAGAUAAUUCACUAUGGGUGUGAGGGCCAUUAUUCAGUAUUGUGUUGAUCCUAUGUGAUUUCUUAAAGGAGUUUAUGAAAAAUUUUAGAUUAUAAAUGGAAAACAUGAAUGAAACACUCUAAAGUAGCAGUCUACUUAAGAGUAGAAUUCUCACCUUUCAGUUGUAAUGGGCAAUAGUCAUUUAAGGUUGGUAAUUUACAUGUUUCUUAUUCUCUCAACUCCUUAGUACUACAGCUAAAUACUAUUUAAUUCAUACAAAUCUUACCUUAUUGUUCUGUUUACUUCCUUUUUUAUGAAUCUGAAGAUAACAUGUGAAUCAGGCAAAUACACCAAAGAUAGAGGAAUCUUUGUUCUGGGCUUUCAGUUUGUUGCCACCAUUUUAGUCCUAAGAUGAUAAAGCAGCUGCUACGGGCGAGGAUUGCUGGGGAGGCCCAGCCGUGUCUGUUACGUGCACUGCCUUCCUCCUUGGGAAGAUCUCUUCAUAAGUUUAAAGUAGACUAAUUGUGAGAACAGGCAGGAGGUAUUUGCGGCUUGCUUUUAACAGUGGCAAUAUUAUUUGGCUUAAAAUCUAAGAAGACUGUGAAGUUAUUCUGUAAGAAGGUAAACUUUAGUGCAGAGAUUCGCCUCAUCCUUGAUGGUGAAGUGUCUUUAAAUAAAAUUUCUGUAUAUAAGAUACAAAACUGUUUUGUUGCUCUAAUGCUUAUUUUUCUGUAUUUGUUUACACAUUAAAUUCCUGCAAAAAAAAAAA